AAUAAUUUCAAACAAGCCAAAUAAAAUAAGCACUGGGCUCGCUAAAACCGGGCUCAUAAUUGGGCUAAAAUUCAACUUUGUCGCCUUUAUGAACAUCCUCUUAACUACCAAAUUUGAUUUGUGGAUUAAUUUCAUACAGGUUAUGGCCCCUCGAACAUUCUCUCUUGUUUGUUUCCGCCUCAUCCCACCUUCAAAUUAUGAAGACAACGGCUAUAAGCUGAACUGCAGCUUAAUGGAUGCUAUCAACACAGGCGGAAAAAUCUUUCUAUCUCACACGGUUCUGUCGGGGAAGUUUGUGUUGCGGUUUGCUGUGGGAGCUCCAUUGACAGAAGAGAAACAUGUUAGGGAAGCUUGGAAGGUUUUACAGAAGCAGGCUGAUGCUCUCUUGGGUGAUAUUUAAAGGCACAGAAACUUAAAACAAAUGGAAAACAAGUUAGUGGGUGAAGAAAAGCUUCGAUGGAGACCUGCAGAUUCAAUUUAUCAUAUGCAUCGAUCACACACGGUAUAAAAAAUAUGAUUGGAAUGGAGGGGAAGUACUAUGGGUGGGGAAGUGUUACAGAUGGAUGGAGGAAGGGGCCAUGGACGCCGCAGGAAGACCAGUUACUGAUAGAGCAUGUGAGGCUCCAUGGAGAGGGAAGAUGGAACUCUGUUUCCAGGCUGACAGGGCUGAAGAGGAGCGGGAAGAGCAGCAGGCUGAGAUGGGUGAACUAUUUGAGGCCUGAUCUCAAGAGGGGGAAGAUUACACCUCAUGAAGAGAACAUCAUACUUGAGCUCCAUGCUAGGUGGGGAAAUAGAUGGUCUACAAUUGCAAGGAGCCUCCCAGGAAGGACCGACAAUGAAAUUAAGAAUUAUUGGAGGACACAUUUCAAAAAAUCCACCAAAAAUGUAGACAAGGCUAGAGCCAGAUACUUAAAACUGCAGCAAGAGCAAAGACAAUUACAACAACAGCAACAGCAGCAAUAUUUAAUAUCACAAAAUAAUAUUAUAAAAGAGGAAAUUACAUCACAAGCUCAAGAAGCUAUUAUGGCACAAGAGAUGCAGGAGAUGGCAUUUAUGUGCGGCAACAUGCCAUUGAUGUUUAACGACGGAGGCUUCGUCGGUGAAUCAACGACCAACAGCGAAGACAGAUCGAGCGAGGAGGAAGCUUGCUACGACACGUGGGAGAGUUUGUGGAAUCUUGAUGACAUGGGAUUUGAUAUGGCAAAUGAAGCACUUACUCUCUAUUGAAAGUUGGUGUGAGUUGAUAUGGUUGAUAAAUAUUUUGGAUGUUAUUGUCAAAAUUUUGAGAUGGAAUCUAUUAAUCAUAUUCGUGUCGAGGGACUUCAUGUGCUAAGUGUAUUAUGUCCGAAGCAUAUUACAACAACUUUCUAGCUACUGAUUGAAGCACUAUAAGAAUAGUUUAUGCCAUGUGCUUC